AUGCGUAGAGAUCUCAUUUUCACAUCUGGCCCGGCGACCACUUCCAGCAGCGUGGGAACGGGAAAUCGUACAUCGACGCAGUUUAGUACAUCGAGUAACACGGAUUCUUGGAUAGUAAUUGCGUUAACAGCCGGUCGCGGAGACGCCAGAAACGAAGUUGGCCUGGCGGCGAUAGAUCUUCAGUAUCCGUAUUUGGUUCUCUGUCAAAUUAGCGACUGCCAAACUUACGUCAACACUCUAACGAAAAUCAAUAUUCUCGAUCCGAUAGAAGUAAAAAAAUUUUGUUCUCUCGAGAUACUCAUGCCUGAAACUAUGUGCGAGCGUCGGGGCCACGGGAAUAAACUGUACGAACUGAUCAAAGAGAAAUUCAACGCGCUCAACAUCACGCCAAUCUCGCGCAUACAUUUCAACGAGUCGAUCGGCAUGGAACGCGUGCAAACAUUGUGUUCCAGAGAGUACUCGAGUGUGGAAUUAAUAGUGAAACAAAAAUAUUACGCUCUGGCCGCUGCCGCGGCACUGCUCAAGUACGUGGAAUACGUCCAGCACACGGUUUACGUUCCGAAAUCCGUGCGAAUAGAAUAUCAGGGGUCGCCGAACACCACGAUGAUCGAUCUCGAGAGCGCACGGAGUCUCGAACUGGUCGCCUCGCAGUCGAAGCUUCCAAUUGUCAGUCUAUUGGGCACCAUGGAUCGCUGCGUGACUCCCAUGGGCAGAAGAUUGCUGCGCGCAUCUAUUCUUCAACCUUCUUGCGACGAACGUUCGAUCGCAGAUAAGCAAUCUUGCGUUGCGGAACUGGUGAACAACCGUUCUUUAUUUAUGAGCCUUCAGGUAUACAGUCGAGCAAAAACAAAACAAAAAUAUCCACAUCCAACCAUGACAAUCCAUCCAUUUUCACAGCCGGUGAUACAACGUCUCUUCGGCACGGAUCGUUUGUUGACGCUGGCGAUGAAACCCUUGCACGUUAACGAUAUACAGAACGCGGAACGAAACCUAAACUACGCAUUACUUCUGAAGAGUUGUCUAGACAACAUUCCAGAAUUAGAGGCGAUCCUCGCGAGCGGCGUCCAUCCGUUUUUCGUGAAAACGCGAAAGAACUUAGCAAACUCCGAGUUUCGAGUUAUGAAAGACAAGAUCUCGACGCUGAUACACACGGACGCGAGAUUCGUGAAAGGAUGCACAUCUCUGAGUAUGCAGCGUUGUUUCGCUAUAAAGGCCGACAUCAAUGAACUGUUGGACGUUGCUCGUCAAAUUUACUGCGAAUUAAUCAGCGACAUGAAGAACAUGGUGGAGCAAUUGUCUGUGAAGCACAAGCUUCUAUUAUCUCUGGAACACAGUGUGAAUCUGGGCUACCACAUCAACGUAGCCGUGCCUCGAAAUCUGAACAUGAAGAUCUCCGAUUUGCCGGCGGAAUUUAUUCAGGCACGCAAGAACAGAAGAUCCUUCACGGUAACGACGACGGCAUUAUUGACGUUGAACAAACAGUGCAAGAAAGCUUGCGAAGAAAUUUACAUGAUGAGCAACACACUGCUGACUCACCUGCUGGAGGACAUUAAGCAGCACGUCGGCUGUUUGUUUCAACUUAGCGCCGAUGUGGCGGAAUUGGACUUGAUGUUGUCGCUCGCGCAAAUCAGCAGUAAUCCGGAAUACGUGAGACCGUCAUUCGGAACGAAGUUGGAAUUGAUAAACUCGUUGCAUCCGAUUAUGGAAUUAUUCAAUCGAGAGCUUCCCGUGUCGAAUGACGUGAAUGCUUCGGUAUCGUAUAAUUUUCAUCUGAUAACCGGACCGAACAUGAGCGGCAAAUCUACGUACUUAAAACAGAUCGUUUUGCUUCAGAUUAUGGCACAGAUCGGCUCCUACGUACCGGCGACGAAAGCAACGUUUCGCGUCGCAGAUCGCAUACUUUGCAGAAUAAACUCUCGCGACGACGCCGAGCUCAACGCGUCCGCCUUCGUCGUUGAGAUAAAAGAGGCGCAAUACAUUCUGCAAUCCGUCACGCCCAAGUCGCUCGUGAUUCUGGACGAGCUCUGCCGACAUACCACAGUCGAGGAAGGCUCGGCCAUCGCUUGGUCGAUAUGCGAGAAAUUAUCAUUGACGUCCGCGUUCACGUUCGCCGCGACGCAUUUUUUACAUCUCACCGCGUUAAGCAAUAUGUACUAUAACGUGACAAUGUACGUGAACAUCUUGAUCGAUGACAUCCAUCAUCUUUUGUGUAACCAUUUUUUUUUUCAAAUUAUCCACCACUUUAUUUUCAUUAUUAUUUUUUUUCUUUCCUUGUACUGUCUUGCUGCUUUGUUCAGUCAUUGUUUCGAGACGAAAACCGAUGCGGAAGAUUCGGGCGAGUUACGCCUGACGUACAAUCACAAGUUGACUCUCGGGAUAGGACCCAUCGAUCAUUACGGCAUCGCUUUGGCGGAAGUGUCCUCUCUACCGAAACGCGUCACAACAAAGGCGCGCGAAUACGCGAACAAUCAGCGAUCAGUUCUCGGCGCGCAGAAAAACUUCGCAUCCCUCGCGAGCACCUCGUCAUGGGAGAAAUCGUGUUACAACACGGUCGUUCAGUUGCGCGCGCUGCUGGACGACAAUCGUUUCACGUUUGCGAACAUAAUAAGCAUUAUGAAGCAACUGGAUCUGCAACAACGCAGGCAACAGGUUCCUUCAAAAGCGACGCAGGUUUUCGUGAGGGAAACACAUGUUCCUGCAAAAUCGACGAGAGUCACGCGUAAAGAAACGGAAAAACACGAGAAACGCAAAACUCUCGUUUCAUCCGAGAAUGCUUUGAUAGAGCAAACGAGUGGAAACGUGUUGCCGAAUACAUUAUCGAGACAGAAGAACAGAGAACCGGAUGACGAAUCGAUGGAGAUCGAAAUCGACAACGAGAGAGAUUUGUCCAUGCACGAUACCAUCGUAAAUCGUACGACGUUUUCACCGUUGUUGCACGCGGAUACGAAGGACGCGUUUCCGACAGUGAGUUCUAGCGUCUCACAAUUGACGAUCGAUUCGAAAGUGAUGCAUUCAUUCAACGACGAACAAUCGACCCGACCCCUUACUGACGUCGAUCCACGAUUUUACGUCUGCACGUCCUUCGCGAGCAGUCAGAAAACAACAACGACAUUGAGUUUGGGAUCCAACGUCGUCGACGCGAACUCAGGAGUGACUUCUCCGUCUUCCGAAUUCUGUCGGUCGUUAUUGUAUCACGAUUAUUGUCUGUCCGAAAAUGACUUUAAUAGUACUCUGCCGUCUCAGUCCGAAUCGAGCGAAAUUGCAAAAAUAAUAACCCCGCGAAGUAAAGAGGUGGCGAUUUUUCGACAAAUCGAGGACGACGAUUUCGACGAGAAAGCUUUCUUCGUUAACACACAAGCGCAAUUAGAGCUAGAUCUUGUCACGGACAAUGACGCGUCACCGUAAUCAGUUUUCGGUGUAAUUUCGCGCUAUUUUUAGCGCAUUUGCGAACACGUUAAUUUAAUUUUGUCAAUUCAAUUAUAAUAUAUUUUGUUCAAUCACAUAUCGCAAUUUUCUUUCGUUAAAAAAUGCAAAAAUAUGAUCGUGUGUGAUUGUCACCAAAUUCACAUCGUCAACCAAUCGCGAACAUAUGCGAGCCGCGAUAGGAUACGAAAUUUGAUAAAAGAAAUUCCUAGUUUCGAGCAAAACACGCGUGUAAUAUAAAAAAAAAAAAAAAAUCAAGGAAUCAAAACGUACACACACGAUGUAAUGAAAAUGAGGAGGCAAUGACGUGUGCGGAGCGAUCUUAGACACCCUUGUUUCGAAUUGUCACAAAAUCAAAGUGUAAAGGUUAAUUUGAACGAGCCAGAGGAAACGAGAAUGUGCGACGAUUUGCUACCGGAGUCGGUCAUGUUGUUUCUCGACAACUUUGAGACCAGCCUCGGUCUGCCCAUUCUCCUUGUUAUUAUACUCUGCACCGCGCAAUUUGUGGUCAAUCAUAUUUUUGAAGUCGGACAUACGAUUUAUCGAAAUCUCAAGAAACCGAUGUUAGAAGCACAUACAAAAAUGGCAGGAAUAUUGGGAAAAACCAAAACAGCCGCCACACCGACUCAAAAUCCGAAAACCGAUACUCUGCCUCAGGACGAGGAGUGGGACUAUUGCGACGACGAGAAUUGCUGAACAAAAUAUAACACAAUCUCUUUGUGUAUAUUUAUCGGUUGCAAGUAAA